AUGGGAGACAACACUCCCCCGACAACCACAGUGAGCCCAUAUAGAAGUCAAGCUCAGACACCCCAGGUGGGAAAGGGGAAAAGUCUGUUAGCACAACCAGCACAGGAUUUGGACUUGAUGAAUCUCAUCAUCUGGAACACGAGAGGAGCCAAUAGUGCGAGUUUCCACAGGCAAUGUGAGGCUAUGGUCAAGACCCAUAAACCUGCAAUGCUUGUCCUUUUGGAAACUAUGAUGGUUGAGCACAAGGCUCAUACUGAAACCCUCAGGUUUGAUGCUCAAGUCCAAUCCAGUGCCUCAGGCAUGAAGGAUGGUAUUGUAGUUAUGUUGAAAGAAGAGUUUCUCAAGCUGAAUAGCAUUUCUAUCACAAAUCAAGGAGUCCAUGUUAUGGUAAAGGUAAUCCCUGAUCCCAAACCUUGGCUUUUCUCUGUUGUUUAUGCUAGCCCAGACCUUAGUACUAGGCUUUCUCUUUGGGAAGAGCUCUGUCAACUAGCCCAAUCCCACAAUGAGGAUUGGCUAAUUGGUGGAGACUUCAAUGAGGUACUCAGCUCUAAUGAAAAACUUGGAGGGAACUACCCAUCCCCAAAAAGAAUUCUUGAGUUUAGACAAUGCCUUGAUAACUGUAGUAUGAUAGAUUUAGGCUACAAAGGUUGUAAAUAUACCAAGACUAAUAAAAGGCAUCGUAAUAGACAAUGCCUUAUUUUGGAAAGACUUGAUAGGUAUGUAGCCAAUGACUCUUGGAUAAAAAGAUAUCCGGAGUCAACAAUGACACAUCUACCCAGAACCAAGUCUGACCACUGUCCCCUCCUCCCCGCCCUCUCCAAUCAGAGGUCCCCUCUAAUAGCAAACCCUUUAGAUUUGAACCUAUGUGGUCCAGUCAUCCAUCCUUCAAGGACCUUCUCCAUAGGUGCUUCACCCCCACCCCCCAAUAGCCUCUCUCAAGCCAUUAAUACCUUCUAA